UACAUUUGGGGGAUAUCUGUAUCUUAUUCUGGACAUUUGGGGGGAUAUCUGUACUGUUCCUGGGCACGUUUGGGGGAUAUCAAGUACUUUCCUGGCAUAUUUGGGGAGAUAUCAGUACUGUCCCUGGCAUUUGGGGGUUAUCAGUACUGUUCCUGGCAUUUGUGGGAUAAUCUGUACUGUCUCUGGCAUUUGGGGUUAUCUGUACUGGUCCUGACAUUUGGAGGGAUUAUCUGUACUGUCCUGGCAUUUGGGGGAUAUCAG